AUGUCUUCUUCAAAAGCAGAGGAAAAACUCCCUUUUGUGGAUAUAUUCAAUGAGGAUGAAGCUGAGAGAAACUUUAUGUUGUCCAAACCUCUCUGCAUCAUUAUAUUUGGGAAACCAGGUGUUGGAAAGACAACAUUAGCCCAAAAAAUAUCACAGACAUGGAAAUGUACUCGUGUUGAAGCGCUGUCACUUUUGGAAGAACAUAUUAAUUCUGGAACUCAACUGGGAAUUAUGUUAUCUGAUAUACUUAUAAAAGGACAAAGUAUUCCAGAAGAACUUGUUUUGAGGAUAAUGUUGGAGAAGCUUCAUUCUCUGGAAGUUAUUCACUUUGGUUAUGUUCUCAGUGGACUGCCAGCUCUCUCAGAGGACUCAGUGACUAUUGUUGAACAAAUAGAAUUAAUUAAAAACCUAAGCUUAAAACCUGAUGUCAUCAUCAAUAUUAAGUGCCCUGAUUAUGAUUUAAGUCAAAGGCUUUGUGGGCAAAGACAACACAGUCUUACAGGAUUCAUAUAUAUGCGAGAACAGUGGGAUCCUGAAUUUCAUGAGAGUCGUAGGAAGAAGAAGAAAGAAUUCCACAAAGAAAAAGACAAAAAAGCAGAGGAGGAAGGAGAAGAAGAAAUAGAAGAAGAAGAAGAAGAGGUUUUCAUAGCAGAGAUGCAAAUGAUGGCAGAAAUUUUUCGGCAUUUAGUGCAGAAGCCUGAAGAUUUUAUAGAAAACAUUGAAGCAAGUAUUCGACAGUAUAGGAAAGAAUUGCUACAUUUUCUGGAGGAAAUGAUGGCUGAUCAUGAUUCUCAGUAUCUUAUUGAACUAGAUGGAAAUAAGUCUGCAGAGGACCUCCAUAGGGUAAUAAUAGACAGGUUUGAGUGCCUUGGAUUAAGAAGAGCAGCAGUUAUAACUAGACUUCAGAGUUCUGAAGAAGAACUGUCAGAUAUCAUGGAUACUGAGGAAUUAUUCCGGACUCUUUCAUCUUAUAAAUUAAUUGCACCCAGAUAUAGGUGGAACAGAAGCAGAUGGGGGAGAGCUUGCCCUGUUGCUUUAAAAGAAGGUAACAUUGUGAUGGGAUUGCCAGAUUUGAGUGUCAGUUUUCUAGGUAAAAUGUACUGUCUUUCAUCUGAAGAGGCACUCAGUGCAUUUAUGAGAAAUCCACGUCCCUACCUUCUUCCACCUAUGCCAAUGCCACCAUGUAAAGUUUUUAUGUAUGGACCAAAAUCCUCAGGGAAAACAACUCUAUGUAAAUUAAUUGCAGAAAAUUAUAAAGCAAAGGUUAUUGACUAUGUAGAACUUAUGGAACCACAUAUCCUAGAAGCCCAAAAAAGCUACUUAGAAAAAGCUCGAGCUGAGGCAACAGAAGCGGCGAUUAAAUCAGUGACGGAUAGGUUAGAGAUGGAAAAAAUGAUGAGAAAAACUGAGGAGGCAGAGAAGGCAGAAGCAGCAAAAUUAGAAGAAAAAGAAUUGAGAAAAAAUGAGGAUGAUGAAGAUGAAGGAGAAAAAGGCUUAGAAGAUAAAAUGCCAGACGAAAAAGGUUUAGAAGAACGAACCUCAGAACAGAUCCUGGAAGAGGGCAGUGAAAAAGAAGGUACAGCAAUUACUUCAACAACCAGUGUCAAACAAGCCAGUGAAUAUGCAGAAGACGUUGAAACUAAAGUUGAAGCAGAAUCUUCAGACAUAGUGGUAACUGCUGAUCAUCCCGGAGUCCAGGAGUUGGUUGAGGAAGCCAUGAAAUUUGCAAGAGAGAUUACAAUUGAACUUCAGUUUGAGGAACAAGCUGAAAUAUUGGAAAAAGUCUUUAAUGAUCUUGCUGAAAAACAGAAGGACAGGUUUCCUGGUGCACCAAAGUAUGGAGGAUGGGUGAUGGAUAAUGUUCCUUUGAAUCGAGAGUUGUGGACAGCUGUAAAAGAGAAAGGACUUCUUCCUGAUGUUGUUAUCGGGUUAGAAGAUACAGAAAACCAAGGAAAAUUUUUACUUAGUAGGCUGUUUUUAGAGAACAUCGCUGAUAUUGCUGCUGCGGUGCUAAAAAGAAAAAGGGAAGAAGCAGAAGAAAUGAGGGCAUUGGAAAUGCUAUCUAAAAGAAAACCAGAUGAACCAACAGUUAAAUUUAAAGAUAAAGAAAAAGAAGCUGAAAUUCUAGCAGAAGCGUUGGAGGAGGUAGAACUAGAAGCUGAGGAGCAUGAGAUGGUGGAAUCUGAGCAGGGAGUAAUUGAAGAAGAAUCUGAAACUACAGGAGAAGCUGAGGGUGUUGAAGGAAUAUUGCCUGACUAUUCAGAAGAAGACGGUUUCCCCGACAUCCCAGAAAUGGAUCCAAUGAAAGAACAUCUUAAAAUUUUCGCGAAUAAGUGGAAAAGCUUAGAGAUACUGAUUUCUGAGUCUCCUUUGCUUCAGUUAUUAAAUUUGGAGAUUGCGGACAAAACUCCAGAGGAGCUACUUAAGACUGUAGUGGAUGCUAUGGACAAACCUUUCAAAUAUGCCGGAUGGGAAAUGGGUUUGGAAGAUUAUGAUGAAGAAACAGAUGAUUUUCAAGCUGAGACAGAAGCUGAAGAAGAGAUAGAAGAAGCUGAACAAGAACCUGAAGAUGAGGAUAGACUUAAAGAGAGAAGGAGACAUUUGGGAGACUCAAAGCACUUUUGUCCAGUAUCUCUCCAAGAAAACUUUAUGCUAUUUCCAGGUCCCCCAGAUGAUGGAGCUAAGUAUCGAGAAAGAGUUUACUAUUUUUCAAGUAUUGAAGCAAGAGAGAAGUUUUUGGAACUUUCUGAAGACUAUGUGGCUCAUGAUGAACCAUUAAAGUCUCCUCCAUUGAGGAUAUGCCUUACGGGUCCCCGCGGAGCUGGCAAGACUGUCUGUGCUCGAUGGUUAGCUGAAAAAUUCGGCAUAUUUCACAUUCAGUAUGAAGAAUUUCUGCAAGAAAAAAUUAUGGUCAAGACUGAAAGGAAAGUUGGACCUGAAUAUGAUGAAGAAAUUGAGGAAGAAGCCUCUGCCAGACAGGAACUAGAAGAAAUUGCAGCUCAGGCGAAUGUUAAACUUGAUGAAGAAAAAAAAAGACCGAAUAAAGAACUUGUGUUAACUGAUGAGGAAGAAGCAAUUAAAUCAAGCCUCAUGGAUAGUGAAGCAUUGCCACCAGAAAUAAUGGAUAUCUAUCUCAGUGAAUGGUGGCUUAAAGAACCAAUACGCUCUACAGGAUUUAUCCUGGAUGGAUUCCCACGAAAUUUAGAUGAAGUACAAUUUCUAGGUGAGCGUGGACUUUGCCCAGAUGUUGCCAUUGGUCUAGUAGUUGAAGAACAAGAUAUUAUAGAUCGCCUACUUCCUGAAGCUAUUGGAAAAUGGAAAGACAAACAAGCAAAAAGGACUGGAAGAAAUAAAAUUAUUAAAGAAAUGAAGGCAAAAAUUAGGGAUGAUUUGAUUGCUAAAAGAAGGGCUGAACUUAUAGCAGAGAGAGAGAAAAAAAAAAAAGAGGUAAGAACCAAGGAUGAGUAUGAGUCAAGUGAAGAAGAGGCUGAGGAAGAGGAAGAAGAUAAUAUUGAGGCAAUUCUGGAAGAGGAAUUCCCAAAAGAUGAGGAAGAAAUGACUGAAGAAGAAGAAGAACAAGAAGAGGAUGCUAUUGACAGAAUAAAAAUCGAAAUGGGAGAGAAGUUUGAAGUAGAUCUAAAUAAUCUGCAAGCAAUACAGGAUGAAUUUGAAAAACAAUUGAUUCCAUUUAUUACUAUUAUUGGAGGACGGAAGCUUCAUAUUGUACAGUAUCUGUUUUAUAAGAAACUGCAGCAUCUAGUGGAAAAUCGUGAGAGUAUCUUUGAGAAAUGUUAUCCAAUAUCAUUACCACUUGCUCAGAAAAUGCUUGGUCUCACCUACAAAUUUCCAAGUUCAUUUGGUCAAUGGGACCCUGUAAAGCUCUAUGAAGGAGAUGCCAUCAAACCUUUAGUGAAUACAGCUAAUCCAACCUUCCCUGUAAUCCAUCGACAAUAUAUUUAUUUUUUAUCCAAUAAAGUAAAUAGGGACAAAUUUAUAAAGAACCCAAUCAAAUAUAUCCGUCAGCCCAAACCAAAACCUGCUGUGCCCAUUAAGAUUGCAGUUGUUGGGCCUCCCAAAUCUGGGAAAACUACAGUUGCCAGAAAAUUUGCACGGGAAUAUGGCUUAAUGCGUUUGUCAGUAGGAGAUGCCAUGCGUAUCAUACUAAGCAACCAUCCAGAAACAGAGUUGGCACUUAUGUUAAACUGGCAUCUUUAUAAAGGAUUAACAGCACCUGAUGAGCUGGCUAUCCAAGCAUUAGAGACUGCUCUGAUGGAUAAUGUGUGCAAUACUGCAGGGGUUGUAAUUGAUGGAUACCCUGUCACGAAACAUCAAGUGGACCUCUUGGAAUCAAGAAGUAUCAUUCCUGUGAUAAUUUUUGAGUUACAAGUCCCUACAAAAGAGAUUUUUAGGCGAGCACUAAUAGAUAACAAAUUGAAUGAAAGUUUGCCUUACCCAGUACAUAACAGCUCCCAGAUUUUGUCUAUCAAAAACUCAUGUCUAAAUCAGAACAGAGUUUUUAUUAAGGAAUUUUAUGAAGAACAACAUCAAAACUGGUGUGUAAUUGAUGGAUUUCACAGCAAAUGGUGGGUAUGGAAUGAAGUGCUUAAUAAUGUCCAGAAUAUGAAUAAACGAAUUCAGCUAUAUUUGGAAAGGAUAAGAGCAGGUAAAGCUGCAAGCAUUAAUAAACUAUGCAUCACUCCUCAAGAGCUGCAUUCUCGGCUGGGAGAAUUUGGACAGUACUGCCCUGUCAGCUUGGCAGAAAAGAAUGAACUGGUCGACUGUUCUGUGACCAGUUCCCUAGAGUUUGCAGCUGAAUUCAGAGGACACUAUUAUAAAAUGAUUUCCAAAAAAGAACUGGACAAAUUCCUGGAAAAUCCAGAAAUGUACGUGCCUCCUUUAGCACCUAUUCCUCUCCCACCUCCAGAGUUAUUACCUAAAAGGCUGACGGUGGCAGAUGUAAAGAACCAAUUCCCUAAAAGUGCAGAACUUCUGGGAUAUUGUCCAGUCACUUAUUUUGAUGGAAAACAAAGAUAUGAAGCCCUCAUACCCGGAAACAUUGAAUAUGCUUUAGAAUAUCGUAAGUGUAUAUUCUUUUGUGAGAGUGAAGAAAAGCUGCAGAAAUUUUUGAGGUUACCAGAGAAAUACUGGGAUCAGAAACUUCCAAAGAAACUUCCUCCAAUUAAAGAGCCAAUAUCACUUACCAGCCUUCCUUUGCCUGGAUACCUGGAACAGGGUGCAGCAACUUCUCUGAUUAAAGCCAUGAAUGAAGUAGGCUGCUUAAAGCCCAAGUUUCCCUUCCAAAGUGUAAAGAGAUCUGCUUUACUCUACGUAGCAUUUCAUCUAAAAGCAUUUAAUCCUAAAGGUUCUGAAUAUUCACGGAAAAAAUAUAAGAAGAAGCUGGAGCAAUUCAUAGAAAGAUGUGAACUCAUCAGCUACUUGGGUUCCAAGAUGACCAGAAAAUACAAGGAACCUCAAUUUAGAGCCAUUGACUUUGAUCAUAAAUUACAGACCUUUUUUUCUCUUAAAAACGUGAACCCUGUCACUGGUUAA